AUGUCCUUACCUCCUGCUCCUCCUGUCAAGCAAAGUCUGAGAGUGGUGGCAGAUCUAUCUGCACAAUGUGUCUCCCCAAAACAAAAAGUUACAAGAUUAAUCAACUGUAUUCUCGGGGGAAAACACUCUGAGCCCAAUGUAACACUCUUUCAGCAUGGUCCUCCAGAGACCAUGCCAUCAUUGUCGACUACUUCCAUUGCUGGGGUACAACUCAACAUUCAAGGUGCCACAGAUGCCUCAACAGAUUUGCCAGUUAACAAAAUAACAGUGGAGAUGAUGCCUGAGAUGAUUGAUUAUGAAACCUACCAGUCCAUUGUGGUGGCCAUAGGCCAUUUUGAUUCUUGUCUGGAAAGUGCCGCUAAAUUCGCUGGUUUGAAUGAGAGACCAGACCCUACUGUGGGUCUGGGUGUGGUUUGUCAAAAGACAAGAACCUGGUCAACAUUUGUGCAGGAUCAGGAAGGAGAGAGACAUGAACUUCUUGCCAACAUUGAGAGUGUGAAAUUGUUGGGAGAAGUCCAAAAUCCUGACCCAAGGAAGGGAUGGGAGGGACUGAAUCCAGCUGCACCAGACACUAGAGGGAGCUUAUCUCAGACAGUUGAAGUUACAGAAGACUACAAUGCCAACUCCAUAUUAACAAUUGAGCAGGAAUUCCAUCUUACUAUGGCCUUUCUCCUCCAGACUUCCUCAACCUGCAACUACCAGUAUCUACAUCCCACUCCAUUUAAUUUUCAGUCUGCCUUCUCGAAUCUCGAUCCAUCAUCAAAUUCUGUGUGCAUGGCUGAUAACGAACCACCAAAUGAACCAACUCCGGCUCAAGAAGAUCAGCCUAUCAAGCGACGCGGUCAGAAGAAAGGGUCCAAAAACACUCCCGAUGCUGAGAAAGGCUUGUAUGGAAAAUGGCCAGUAGGGCGACCUCGGAAGGUGCCAAAAGAGGUUCAUACAGGCUUGCCAGAUACUGCUCUGAGCAUUGAUGCUCAAUCUAACACAGCCUCUCAAAAUAAUGCCUGCCUCCUCACAACUGGCCGGAAUCAUAGUCGAAGCCCAACACUAAGGCUACAGCAAAAUCUUGUUGAUUCUUUCAAUUACAAGGCUUUCAGCGAUGUCAUCCUCAUCAAUCAGGAGUCACAGCGCAAGCUGGUCAUCAACGCCAGCUUUAGAGACCUGACCAGCCAUCUUCUCUCAGGUCUGGCCAAGUGUCAUGGGAUGAUUUGGCAGAGCCAAUGGCUCCCAACUCAGACGACUUGCAAUUUCAUGAUCUGUUCUCUCCUAUUACUACUUAACUAUCGGUGCACACUAGUGCCCCCUGAAAGUCCGGCUACUGUGAGAGCUGACUUGUCUGAGCUAAAUGACUGCUCCGUAGCCAAUGAUGGGCCGAACAAUGACAACAACAAUAAAUGUGGCAGUGACUCAGAACUUGAUGACGAUUUUCCAGAGGAUGAGUUCGAUGAUUGGGAAGAUGACGAGAGUGCUCAACAGGGUUGCGAUUUAGCACAGCAUGUUGUUAGCUCUGCACCGGCUGGAGACUCUGCUUCUCUGCACAGCCACAAUCCAAGUCAAAGGGGUGGGCCAGGGAAAUCUUGUGCCUCUAUACCGACAUGGAUUGAGGUUUAUUAUGCUGAUUUUAUUGUUACUUUGGAAACAGAGAUCAGGAAUAACCCAUCAUGA